AUGUCCAAGCCAGAGUCCGCUUCGGUCCCCUUCCCCAAGGAAAAGACCUUCAGUUCCUACAACAAGGAACAGGGUAAAGCUUACGCUCAGGCCCGCCGCGACUACCAUCCAAAGGUGUAUCAAGCCGUAAUUGACCACCACACAUCCACGGGGGGUGGCCUUGAUACACUUCUCGAUGUCGGCUGUGGCCCCGGUCUUGCCGCUCGCGGGCUUUCAUCCCACUUCGCUCAUGUCCUUGGCCUGGACCCUUCCGAAGGCAUGAUCGCCAUCGCUCGCUCCAUGGGCAUUGUCUCGUCCACGUCUGAACCGGCACGUUUCGAAAUCUCCACGGCGGAGGAACUCGGAGCAAACCUUUCUCCGCCUGUUGCGGAUGCUAGCGUCGACCUCAUCACUGCCUCCAAUGCCGCUCACUGGUUCGACAUGGCUGGCUUCUGGCCCAGCGCCGCGCGCGUCCUCAAGCCGGGAGGCACCGUUGCAAUCUGGACAAGCGGCGAGAUCCGUGCUCACCCGUCUAUGCCCAACGCUGAGGCCAUCCAGGCUGCUAUGGAUGAGCAUCAGGAGCGUGAUAUGAAACCCUUCAUCGAGCCAGGCUCACUUAUCGUGCAAAGCCGUUAUCUUGAUCUCCCCCUUCCGUGGACUCUAGCCCAACCGGUCACCGCAUUCGACCAGGCAACAUUUGUUCGGAAGGAGUGGGAUCCAAAUGAAGACUUCUUUGUGGGUCUGCCUGAAGGGGAUCUGGACAUGUUCGAGAAGGUGAUGGCGACGGGGAGUGCAGAGACGCGCUGGCGCCAGGCGCACCCAGACGACGUUGGCACGGAGCGGGAUGUGCUUAGAAUCCUUCGUAAGAGGAUUGAACAACUGUUGCACGAGGCAGGCGUGGAGAAGGGAAAGGAGAGAAUGAAGGCCGCCGUGUACGGCGUGCUGUUAAUGGUCAAGAAGAAGGUUUAG